UUCCCGAAAAAAAAGACCCGAAAAAAAGGGUGUAAAAACUGAUAAAAUCGCGUAAAAUCGCACGUAACAGAGAAAGAAAUUCGCUGGGAAAAGGGCAGCCGUUCGAAUCCAUCCUGUGUGUGUGUUUGCGUAAUGGGGUUUUCGUUGAAGCUCAAGACCAAAACGGGCCAGCAGCACAUCGUGAGCAAGCUCACAGACACGACCACCGUCGGUGACCUCAAAACGCGGAUCACGGAGUUGACCAGCAUUCCGGGCGAUGCCCUACACGUGGUUCUCGGGUUUCCUCCCUUUAAGCCCCUCGAUUUCAGCAACGAAUCGAGCCACCUACCGGCCGUCGGCAUCAGCAACGGCGACACGCUCAUCGUGGAGGAGAAAUCGCUAACGGCCGAGGAGCGCCAGCAGCUGGAGGCGGCCAAACGGCUGGAGGACGACGAGAAGCUUGCCCGAGAGCUGGCCGCUCAGAGCACGGAACAGGGAGGCAUUUUGUUGAAAAAAGUGGUGCCGGCGGACAAUUCUUGCCUUUUCACGAGCAUAGGUUUCGUGCUCACGGGAAAGGUUGAUCCAGAAAACAGCCGGUAUAUGAGGCAGAUUAUUGCCGCCACGGUCAACUCGGAUAAACAGGAGUACAACGAGGGCAUCCUGGGACGACCGAACGAUGAGUACUGUGCCUGGAUACUGCAGCCCGAAUCCUGGGGUGGUGCCAUCGAGGUUUCCAUCCUGUCGGCCUACCACGGUCUAGAGUUUGACGUGGUCGACAUCACCAACGCAAUCAUCAAUCGAUUCGGGGAGGACAAAAACUACGGAAUGAGAGCGUUUCUACUGUUUGACGGUAUCCACUAUGACCCACUGUACCUAGAAUCGACGAGUGGAGAGCCGGCGAAAACGAUCUUCCCGAUCGAAGACAACUCAGUGUACCUGCAGGCCGAGCAGCUGGCCAAGGAAGCGAAAUCAUCCCGUCAGUACACGGAUGUGAACAAGUUCACGCUCAAAUGCAUAGACUGCGACUGCUUCCUGAAGGGCCAAACGGAGGCUCAGCAGCACGCCCAGAAGACGGGACACAUUAAUUUUGGCGAGGUUUAGUGCAACGAUCGCCGGUAGGGGGUAAGCGGGCACACAUAGCAGCCCACACAAAGACAGAGCGUUCCGUUUUCCUCCGAGUGGGGUGCGUGGUAUACAAAGUAGUUUGCUUGGAUUUCUUCUUUCGGUUAGUGUGUUUGCUUAAUGCUUAGUUCAAUUUUAUCAUUUUCCUAUCGACCGCUUCCAUACUGUGCAUGUCGCUACCCCACACGUUUCGAGUCUUUUCUUCCGAUUCUCGCCCGACAUCAUGUAAACGGUAUUUCACUCUCAGGUUCUGAAAAAAGACUAAACAAAUAUCACGCAAUACUCUUUCUCUCAGCACUAUUACAUGGCUUUGCUUCGGUAUUUAAUUUAAAAAAUGAAAUUUGCGAAUAAAUUUAUUACUCAUCGUGUGUUUCGUCCAUCGGGUCCUUCU